AUGGAAUCUGAUAUACUGGUGAGGUACAAAACCUUGCAAGCGUACAGAUGGAGUUUGAUCUGGCAGGGUUCUGUACUAACAGAGGUACCUGAGCAUGAACUGGUAGAGGUAGCCAGAGAAGUGAGCAUGAAGCAGAUAGUGGGGCCCCUCGCUUACGAUAGCGUUAUUGAAGUGAAUACUGGGGCGACAUAUGAAGAUCUGCAGGAGAAUAGAAAGCUAGCGGUGGCUACAGAUUUACCCAGGAUUGCGGAGCGAUAUUGUGUAGUUGAGUGGCUUAAUUAA